CACCGCGCCCUGCUUAUCCAGAAACAGACACCGCCCUUCCUAUGCGAGCGGUCCACGCCGCCGAACCCUAGAUCCAACGAACCAUACGGCUCAAGACCUCCUCCCCUCGCGUUCACCAAACACCGCCGCACACUUCUAAAAAAGUUCCGCAGGAAACGCGGCCCGCAGCACGCCCUUUCCCCACCUCGAUCUCGCGCUAGGUUUUCGCCACACCGCUCUCGUCCUCCGCGAAGAUGCCGAAGAACAAGGGUAAGGGAGGCAAGAACCGGAAGCGUGGAAAGAACGAGGCUGACGACGACAAGCGCGAGCUCGUCUUCAAGGAAGACGGGCAGGAGUAUGCGCAGGUGACCCGGAUGCUCGGCAACGGGCGGUGCGAGGCCACCUGCGUGGACGGCACGCGUCGCCUCUGCCAUAUCCGGGGCAAGAUGCACAAGAAGGUGUGGAUCGCGGCCGGGGACAUCGUCCUCGUCGGCCUCCGCGACUACCAGGACGACAAGGCCGACGUCAUCCUCAAGUACAUGAACGACGAGGCGCGCCUGCUCAAGGCCUACGGGGAGCUUCCCGAGACGCUCAGGCUCAACGAGGGCGUCGACGUCGAUGGGCCCGAGGAGGGCGAGGAGAACGGCGACUACAACUACAUCCAGUUCGAGGACGAGGACAUCGACAAGAUCUAAGAAUUCUGUCUCUCCUUCCUUCCGGCACAUUUUAUUAUUAUUAUGGGAUUCCUUUUCGCCUUCCGGCUAAUUUAAUAUUAUGUGACUUGCGUUUUAGUACGCGGUGGUGGACUGGUGGUAUGGUUUAGGCGGGCUGUUAUGAAUUCGCUCGCAAUCCUGAUAGGAUCUGAGGUGGUUAAAUAAUCGCGGAACGCUGAUAAUCUCGUUUU